UCAUUUCCAUGUCUCUGUGUUUUUCCAAUAACUUUCAAUUAUUACAUAAAGGCGGGGCGAGAGAACCGAGAGUGAGGUGGACCGGUCGGCGCCUCUCCGGCUUCGGAUCCUUCGGGCCCACCGUUUGGAAUUGAGUCCAACUCAGAAAAGGCCCACAAUGAGGUCCUGCUUUUCAUAUCUCUUCUGUCCAUCACCGUGUUUUGCCAAAUGGCCACCCCGUGCUCUCUGUUUCUGUAAAAGGCCUCUACACCAAAGUGGACCCCAAUCUCCAUUUACCAAAAUAACCCUCAUUCCCUCUGUCUCCCCAACGUCGUUUCGUAAAACCUCGGACCAAUCGUACCUUCCAUCUCUCCACGUGUCACCAGUAGGCUUCAAAUUUCUUUUCCUAUAUAUCACCUCGCUCACUGUUCCAUUCACUUUUCUCUUUCUAGUUUAUACUCUCUCUCUUUAAUCUCUCUCUCUAAGCCGGCAAUGAAGGUUCGGUCAUGGCUAGCCACCUGCAGCUCCUCUUCAUGCACAACCGCGGCCAACGAGUCCACCAUCCCCUUGACAAAAACCUCUCCACCGUCUCAAAAAAGGUUCGUUUUUGACACAAGUAGCUCCUCCGAUACACCAAGUAGCGCCACGUCAUCAACAUCGUCGUCGAACUCCACCAGUGAUACAUGCAGUACCAGCCUCUAUAGCAACCUCUCCCUCCAAACCCUGCCAUCUGUCCCCUCCCUCCAAAAACUCUCUCCCGAAUCCCUUAACCUCUCCAUUUCCCAUGUCAGCAUAGCCUCUCUCAGACCCCGACUACCACUCCCUCUAACCUGCGUCGCUGUCCACGAUACUCUUCUCUACACCGCUUCAUCUCAUGAAAUCAACGUCUACGAUCGAACCACCAGCUUCACGCAUCUCGAUGCGCUCAACGGGAAAGAUUGCUCCUCCGGUUCAAUCAAAGCCGUUGCUUUCUCUGACGGAAAGGUUUUCACGGCACACCAAGACUGUAAGAUCCGUGUCUGGUUAACGGCGUCAAGUAAACGGCACAAGCUCUUAACUUCCCUACCAACCGUUAACGACCGUUUGCGCCGUUCCAUUCUUCCCAAGAACUACGUCAAUGUCCGUCGUCACAAGAAAAAGCUCUGGAUUGCACAUGCUGACGCCGUUACAGGCCUUGCCGUUAACAACGGUUUGAUCUACUCGGUUUCUUGGGAUAAGAGCUUGAAGAUAUGGCGUUCCUCCGAUCUCCGUUGUGUUGAGUCCGUCAAAGCUCACGACGACGCAGUUAACGCCGUUACUGUCUCAAAUGAUGGAACUAUUUACACCGGGUCGGCGGAUUGUCGGAUUAGGGUUUGGGCCAAACCGUUUGGUGAGAAACGGCACGCGCUGAUAGCUACCUUGGAGAAACACAAAUCGGCGGUGAAUGCUCUGGCUCUAAACGACGACGGAUCGGUGCUGUUUUCAGGGGCUUGUGACCGUUCGAUCUUGGUUUGGGAGAGAGAAGACAGCGCGAAUCACAUGGCCGUGACGGGGGCGUUGAGGGGCCACGGAAAGGCUAUACUGUCUUUGUUCAACGUCUCCGCAUUGCUGUUGAGUGGGUCAGCGGAUCGGACGGUCAGGAUCUGGCGACGUGGACAUGAUGGGAUGUACGGCUGUUUGGUUGUUCUGGAAGGGCACGUGAAGCCGGUGAAGUCGUUGGCGGCUGUUAUGGAUGGUGCUUCGAACGGCGUCGUUACGGUGUUUAGUGGAAGCUUGGAUGGGGAGGCUAAGGUGUGGCAGGUCACAGUUUCAAAUUGUAACAGUCCGGUGUCCCAAUAUCUUAUGAAAACAAAUUAAUUGAAAAAAAGGAAAUAUUUAUGUAUAAUAUUUUGAUAUGAUUUUUGAGAUGCUAGGUGUGAGAAUUAAAGAUUUAUGUAUUUUAAUC